AUGAGGCUGGAACUCUUCCUGGUCAUCACAGCGGUGAUUUGUGCUUCCAGCAACCCGCUGAACAACGCAGCGGGGAGGAAGAAGUUGCUGCUGAUCUCCUUUGAUGGCUUCAGGUGGGACUAUGACCAGGAUGUGGACACGCCGAACCUGGACCAGCUGUCUAAGGACGGAGUGAAGGCCAAAUACAUCACACCCCCAAUGCUGACCAUGACAUCCCCGUCCCACUUCACCACCAUCACCGGCAGAUGGGUGGAGGAUCACGAAGUUGUCCACAACCUGAUGUUCAACUCCGAGACGAACCUAAAAGUUCCCAUCAAACAGACAAUGACCAGAUCAGAGUGGUGGGACAACGGAGCUCUGCCAUUAUGGAUCACAGCACAGAACCAGGGUCUGAAAACCGCUUCCUUCUACUACCCAGGAGGCGGGGCCAACUACAGCGGCCAGGCGGUCAACCGAGCGUUGGUGCUGGAAUAUGGCCACCCAGAUGACAAUGAGACUGAGUGGCGCGAAAACAUCGACAAGGUGAUGAGCUGGUUCUCAGAAGAAGACUUCCACCUGGUGACAAUGUACUAUGGUGAGCCAGAUAGCGUGGGCCACGCCAAGGGGCCCGAUCACCCAGACAGGAAGGUGAUCAUCAAGCAGAUUGACCGCACCAUCGGCUACCUGAGGGAGGCCAUUGAACGCCAUCACCUGACCGACAGCCUGAAUGUCAUCAUCAGCUCCGACCACGGCAUGACCACCGUCAAGAAGCGACCACAGGUGGACGAGGUCGUCCUCAAUAAGUACCUGAAUUUGCUGAAGCUCACCAGCUUUGAGAUCCUCGACUACGGUGGGUUUGGCAUCAUAAAGCCGCGGCUGGGGAAGGAGCAGGAGGUUUUUGAUGCACUGUCCAAAGUACCAAAUAUAACAGUCUACAAGAAAAAUGAGAUGCCCGAGAGCUUCCAUCUUGCCAAAAGUGAGCGCUUGCCUCCCAUCGUAGUCGUCGGAGAUCUGGGAUUCAACCUGAACUCUAGAUUCAUCGUCUACGUCAACAAAGGUGACCACGGCUUCCAUAACGGAGAGAUGGACAUGAAGACCAUCUUCAGGGCCUUCGGACCCGACUUUAAGAGGAACUUCCUGUCCGAGCCGUUUGACAGCAUCCACAUCUACCCUCUGAUGUGCAAACUGCUGCAGAUCGAACCGGCACCACACAACGGAUCACUGGCCGUGACCGAGAACAUGCUGCUAAACAGCGGUGGAGAGAGCACCACAGUAGUACCGGAGCCCACUACUACAGAGAAACCCACAGGUGGAUCACAGACAACUCAUCUGUCUGUUGCUCUGCUGCUGUCGACGCUGCUGCUCUUCAUCUUCACAGGGCUGUAACAGAUCCAGGAUCAGAUCUACACAUCUGAGAUCAGGGCUCGUAUUUAUCAAACUUGUAAGAAUACUUCUAAAACACUUAAAAAGUCUUAAAAAGCAAAGAUUUAGGUUUAGAAGGUUUUUAAAUGAAGCUCUUAAAUAUUUUUUCUGCCACAGGCAGUGAUGUUAGUUAUAAAAUAUAUUUUUAAUGUGAUUUCUGCUGUUGGUAGACGAGGUGCGUCAGACAAAUCAGAGAAUUUAGUUCCACACUGACACAUGCAGAUCAAUGAAGAUGAUCAGAAAGUGAUUGAUCGUCAAGUAAAUGCAGAUUUACUCUUGUUUGACAAAUACGAAAUUUGAAAAAGUGCCGUAACAUCCCAUCAAAUGUUCAAAUAAAAAUAUAAUAGAAUAUAAAACAACUCUAUUCUUACUGAUGCUGCUUCAGUAAUGUAUUAUUGAUCCUGAUCAACGAUAUUUAGUCUAAUCAGCAGUUAUCAAUGAUCUACUCUGAAUCGACUGAACACAACCCUGCAGCUCUCAGACAUUUAAACUCAACUACUCUCCAAAAUGUUUGUGACUAAAAGUGAAGAUUUUUACUUUUAUCUUAAGAAUUAGAUCAUUUUAGCAGUUUGAUAUUUACAGUUUGAGUCCUGAUCUACAGAUCCAGACUUCCAUCACUUCAUCUGAAACACCUUAACAUCAGAUAACACUAUAUUUAUGGGAAUUAUUAUUGAUAUUAUUUAUAAACAAAAUCAACUUAUGAUCAGAUUCUCUUUCAGUCAUUUUAUUGUUAAUACUGAUGCAGAAGAAGCACUUCUUAUAUUUCAUACAGCAGAGUUGCAGAUCUGUGAAUAAAUCAGUAAACUCUGGUCA